AUGUUCAGGUUAUUGUUUAUCAUAUUCCUUUCUAUUGAAAUUAUAAGAGCAAGUUGGUAUUUUAAAGAACCAAAAAUUUGUAAUCCGAAACAAAAUGGACUUUUUCCUUUUACAGGCUUUAAAAUAUAUCGCCAGUACAAGAUAGAAGGUUAUCUUCCUACUUCCCUACACUCUAUCUCUAUUACACAUUGUGAUCACGGUAAACCAGACUAUGAGAAACAAGUUUUGACUACAUCCAGUAUUGAUAUAGAUUGGAACAAACCAUUUUGUAUUUUGAAACCAGAUUUCGAGAAUAAGAGACUUCCAAAGCCAACGGAUAAAGUGUACAAUUUAUACCAGAAUAAUAACAAUAUAUCGAAAGGAAAUAUGAUAUUAGAUAAUAUGUCUGGUGAAAAGCCUUUGGAAGGGGCCAGCGUGUCGUUGAAAUCCAAAAUAUCUGAAGUUGGAAAAAAUUUAAACAACUUGUUAGAAGCAUCUGUUGAUAAUAUUUUGGAAAAGGUUAUUAAUGGCAAGCAUGUUCAGUAUACAAGUAAAAAGGCCACAGAACAUGUUGAAGAUAUCCGUAAUUCUGAUCCACGCUCUUCUUUGGAAUGGGAGUCAAGGAACUUGGUAUGCUAUAAAAUGGCCCGCAGAAAGAAGUAUGCAAAACGAAAUAUUCUUUUCUAUAUCCCGUACACUUUUGUUGGUGGAUUGUUUGAGUGUCCCAUUCCUGACAAUAGGAAAAAGGAGAUAUUUUCUGCUUUUCAAUCUGGAGAUUUCUUGAAGAACUUCGAUUUUAAAUGUGAUCAUUCGCUAGCUAAGCCGGUUGCGCCAUUGAUUGCACAAGACAGCACUAAGCAGUGGAUAGAUACAAAAUUUAAUCCAUUAAACCCCGUACUAAUUCAAAGAAUUCCUUAUCUAUCAACGGCCUCGGUAUUUGACAUGAGGUUUUCAACUAGUGAUACGCCUGAUAUGCUUCGAGAUACCUGGGCAAGUCAAAUAGAUGUCAAUGAGGAAUAUACAUAUACGGACCUUGAGUUGAACGUAAUCUCGCAAGCGAUCGCUCUAUCUGCUGAUUAUUUCCAUAAAACGUUUCGACCUUUGGAUUUAUCUGGAGUAUUUCAUGACUUGGUUCUUUUGAGAUCUUCCAACGGCAUACAGAAUUCACAUGUAGCGAUUCAAACUUUUAUCAUAAGCACAUUUAAAAAGUUGUCUCUUGAUCAAAAAAUAAAUAUAUUAUUGUCUUCAAGAAAAGCUGAAGAAUCGAUGCUUCAUUUACGUAAAUUACAGAGAACGUGGGAUAAUCUAGUUACUUAG